AUGACCGGCAAGACCGCCACCACCAACCACAGGAAGAUGAUAACCGUUAGAUCCGUCAAGAACAGUGGGGCAUUUUUCUCUCUUCUUCCCAUAUUCACCGUCACCACCACGACGACCAACCACACCAUCUUCUUGUUCUAUUCCACCACCCCUACUUCAUCGUACUCUUCUUCCUACAAAUUCCUCCCUCCAAGUUCGACGACUUUGUCUCCAUCAAUCCCUGGAACCCCUCAAUUACAGGCAAGCGACGUCGUUCUCUCCUUCAAAGAAUGGUUCAAGACCUCCAGCUGCGCCUUACUUUCUCAAAUCUACAAAAUCUUAGCUGCCCAAGACGAAUCCGCCUUGUGCCGUCUCAAACUCCGCCUAUGCGAAGCCCUAGUCCUCGAAGUGUUAAACUACGGAAAGGAUGUGCUCUCUUGUUUGAAAUUCUUCGAUUGGGCCGGUCGCCAACCGGGUUUUUACCACACCCGCUCAACGUUCAACGCCAUAUUCAAAAUCCUGUCGAGGGAGAAGCUGAUGUCAAUAAUGGUGGGCUUCUUGGAGAACUAUAUGAAGCAGAGGUAUGUGCAUAGAGUAAGGUUUUACAAUACUUUGGUUAUGGGUUAUGCCAUUGCUGGGAAACCCGAAUACGCACUUCAACUGUUCGGUAGAAUGCGGUUUCAAGGAAUUGAUUUAGAUGGAUUUUCGUAUCAUGUGCUUUUGAAUGCUUUAGUGGAGGAUGGUUAUUUUGAUGCUGUUGAAAUGGUUGCUAAACAGAUUAGGAUUCGAAAUUUUGAGAGUGACAUUACGUGUUCUAUAUUGGUGAAGAGUUUUUGUAAGCAGCAGGAGUUGGAUAGGGCUGAGGAGUAUUUGAGGGGAGUGGUGGGAAAUGGGUUGGCGCUGAAUGGACAUGUUGUGGGAGUGGUUGUGGAUGCUUUAUGUAAAAAUAACCAGUUUGAGAAGGCGGGAAAGUUGGUGGAGGAGUUUCGGAAGAUGGGUAUAGUCCCUAUGGAGCAUGCUUAUGGGGUAUGGAUUAGGCGCCUUGUUCAGGCUGGGAAGCUUGAUGGGGCUUUGGAGUUUUUGAAGUGUAAGAAGUUAGUGGAUGGGUACGUUCCAGACGUUUUCAAGUAUAAUAUGUUGAUAUGCAGGCUUUUAAGGGAGAAUCGGCUGGAGGAGGUUUGUGAUUUACUGAUAGAGAUGAAGGAUCUUCAGAUAGUACCUGAUAAUGUUACCAUGAAUGCUGCCUUGUGCUUCUUUUGCAAGGCGGGAAUGGAGGAUGUUGCACUAGAGUUGUACGAUUCAAGGGCGGAGUUUGGGCUGUCUCCGAAUUACAUGGCUUACAACUAUCUAAUAAAUACUCUCUGUGGGGAUGAGAGUGUUGAUGUAGCGUUUCGGGUGUUGAGGGACUCGAUUGAGCAUUGUUAUUUUCCCAGAAGAAAGACCUUUUCAAUUCUUGUUAAUGCUCUGUGCAGAGCUGAGAAGCUUGAGAAGAUGAAUGAGAUGUUUCUUGUGGCUCUGGAGAGAAAUUUUAUGCCUAGUGAUUCCACUUACGACAAGUUUAUAUCAGCUCUGUGUAGGGCCAGGAGAGUGGAAGACGGUUAUUUGUUACAUGGGCAGCUCAAUGGAUUAAAUAAAGUUUCUAGUAAGAGUACAUACUUCAAUCUGAUCAAUGGUUUUAAUAUGUCCGGUAGGGGAGAUAUUGCAGCUAGACUACUCAUAGAAAUGCAAGAAAAAGGUCAUAACCCCACCAAGAAAUUGUUCAGAGCUGUUAUUUAUAGUUUAAGUGAGAUGGAGAAUCCGGAGAAGCAAUUUCUCAGGUUGCUGGAGAUGCAGCUUUCACAUCAUGAACCCAAUCCUAUGGUUUACAACUUAUUCAUUGAUGGAGCUGGGCAUGCCAAAAAACCUGAGCUGGCUAGAGAAGUGUACGAGAUGAUGAAGAGAAGUGAUAUUGAGCCCAAUUUGAGUUCUGACAUUCUAGUGUUGCAGAGUUAUCUGAAGAGCGAGAAAAUCGCUGAUGCUCUAAAUUUCUUCCAUGAUUUGUCCAGGAGAAGAAAGAUCGGAAGAAAAUUGUACAACACCAUAAUUGUAGGUCUCUGCAAAGCCAACAAACCACACUAUGCAGCGGACAUCUUGUUGGAAAUGAGGACGAACCACUUGAAACCUAGUCUUGAAUGUUACGAGGUACUGGUACAGUUGCUGUGCGCACAUCAGGAAUACUAUAUGGUGGUAAAUCUUGUAGAAGACUUGAUAAAUAUUGGGCGUCCUGUUUCAUCGUUUAUCGGUAAUGUGCUUUUGCUGCAUUCGUUGAAAACUGAAGAACUUUUUGGGGCUUGGGCUCGUUCAAUAGAUGUGCACAAUUUGACACCUAGCAGUUUGAUGCUUGGGGAGCUGAUUGGUGCAUUCAGUGGUUGUAAAGCAGGCAAAGAUAUUGAGAUAAUUGGGGAACUAAUUGAACGGUGCUUCCCUCUUGACAUCUACACAUACAACAUGUUGUUGAGAAGACUAUGUAUGAGUGACAUGGAUCAUGCUUGCAAGUUCUUCAAAAAACUAUGUGAAAAGGGGUAUGAGCCCAAUCGGUGGACUUAUGAUACAUUAGUGCAUGGUUUCUUUAGACAUGGUAGGACAACUGAAGCUAGAAGAUGGAUGGAUGAGAUGUUCGGGAGAGGGUUUGAUCUAACUGAUGCAACCAAAAAAUUCACAUAG